AAUCAGCUACAGCCGUCACCACUUCUCAGUUUUUCAGGCCGGUAGCUUCCCCACGGAAAGCCCUAAUCUCGCCAGUAUUCUCUUCAAUUAGGUAGCUUUCUCUCCUCUCUCCCUUUGAGAUUCUCUUUUGCUUCAACGGAAGUGCGGAAAACUGAGGGAAUUUUUCGGAUUAACUAGAACUAGAACAGCAUCUCCUAGCUUAUUUUAGCUAAAGAUGAGGUGAUCUCUCCUUGAAGUUUACACCAUCUGCUGUAGCAGGGAGUCUGUUUGGUUUGAGGCAAAUGUAGUGGAGAGGAGGGAAAAUUUUUCUUCCCCUCCUCUCCAUUUCUCUCAAACCAAGCCUUUGAGUUGAUGAGAAAACAUGAGGGCAAAGCGCAAACGUGCUGUAAGGAAACCUGUUUCCAAAAACCCAUCCACGGUGGGACAAAAUGAAGAAACAAAAACGAAGUCAGCUCCCUUAUUAUCCUCUGCGGUGGGUCAAAAAGAAGACGCAUGUUUGAAUUUUGUAAAUCAGAACAACAAAGAAAACUCCAGGUGUGAGGACUCAAAUGAUUAUGAAAUUGGUCAACCUAACCGUGGUUCUGGCAAUGAUAUUCACUUUGCGGGAGGUGAUGGUUCAUCUUCUUCAAGUGAGAGUGAUGAGUCAUUCUGUGUUGAAGAUAGCAGUUCUGAUGACUCAUCAAUUGAUAAGAGAUCAAGUAAAUUGGUUAAAGGGCAUGUUAAAGCAAAACAAAAAUCAAGGGAAUUGUCAAAGAAAAAGGGGAAGGAGAACCAUAAUUCAUCACGGGUUUUGCGUUCUUCCAGUAGAAAUCAAAAGGAAUUCAUGGCACCUCCUCAGGUUCUGCAGUGCAAUAACAAGGACCUAAGAUCUGCCUUGGCGGUAAUUAAGAAAGUUAUGCAAAUGGAUGAGGCACAGCCUUUCAAUGUUCCAGUAGAUCUUGAUGCUCUGGGGAAACCUGAUUAUUUAGAUGUGAUUGAUAAUCCAAUGGAUUUUGGGAAAAUAUGCCGCAUGUUACAAAAUAAUGUUAGGUACACUUACUCUGAGGAUGUAUUCAAAGAUGUGAAAUUAAUCUGGGAGAACUGCUGCAAGUACCAUAAGAAGGGUGAAUAUAUGGUGUAUCUGGUGAAACGGGUGAAGAAGAAAUUCAUGAAAUACUGGAAGGCAGCUGAUUUGGGCAUUGAACAAUCAAGAAAACCUAAUGGAAAUUUACAGUUACAGGCUCCUGUGGACCAUGCUAUGAGACACAGCAGAUGGGACCCGGUGCAUGCCUUGGGCAAUGCAAUGGAUGACACUAGGCAGAUACAGAAAAGUAGACCAGACCCUUAUCAGCUCCAUAUGCAGGUGCCUCCAUUUAGCUAUAACCAAUUUUAUCAACCACAGCAACCUCUUCCAACUACCAUGUCACCACCUUUCUCUCAGUUUCAUCCACCAAGCUACAUGCACCCUUACCAAUUACAGCAUCCUCAGCCAAGCAGCAACCAGCCACAACACUCUCAGUUACCACAGCUUGCUGAUUGUAGUAGUGCAGGACAUUCACACUUUCAGCCGCCUACUGACUCAGUGCAGAAUUAUAAAAACUACGCUCCUAGGUCUUCAUUAGGCCCCAUGGUUAGUGGCCCUACAAACCAGCCGCAGCCACUGCAGCCCCCCCAGUUGAGCCACACACAGCCAUGUGUUUCACAGCAGCCACAGCAAAGCACCAGCAAGCUGCAACAGUCACGAUUACAGUCUGUUCCAGACACUGGGUAUUCACACUUGCCACCUCAGACAGAUGGUACGAGGGACAGUGGGUAUGUACCUCCAACAGAUUCCGUGGUUGUUGGCCCUUGUCAACAGCAUCCCCAACAAUCUCCAUUGAGCAAUGGCCAGUUAAAUGAACCACAGCAGCUGCUGGGGAGCCAUGGUCAGCCUCAGUCCUGGUUGCCAGCCAAUGGAGAUACUGAAAAUUCUCAGGUUUCACUAGCAGACUCAGCCACGAGGGGCAUUAGAUGUGCAUUGAGGUAUUCUGCUGGGCCUGCCACAGACAAUCCCAGCCAAGGGUAUGAGGAUCAGUUGGGCCCAGCUGAAUCACACCCUGAACACACCCAACUGAACCAGAAUCAAGAAACCCAAUCACAGCAGCAGUCUACAAAGAAGAUGAAGAGAGUGAGAGGCCCAACUCGCUGCCUCUUCCUCAGAGACCUUCCGGAAGGUCAGCGGAUUAUUGUACCUUUUGACAACCAGGGGCGGCCUGUUGGCUCUGAGGCGGCUAAGCUAAGCAGCUUCCUAGGCACCAUAGCACGGGAUGGUCAUAGGGCACCUCUUACAUUUUUCAAUUGGAAAGAAAUGCCUGAUUCAUACAAAGAGGACAUGUGGCAUUUGGUUCAAGAAAAGUUUGAUGUUGAUCCAAGUUGCAAGGCCUGGGUCUUGAGGUCCCUUGCAAUAAAAUGGAACAACUGGAAGACAGAUAUAAAGGCUAAGCAUUAUUAUCCUCAUGAGACUGAUGAGGAGCGCUUGAAGGACCGUCCUCCAAGGAUUGUUCCUGACCAAUGGCCAGUUCUCAUCUCAUAUUGGAACUCUGAUAGUGUAAAGAUGGUAUGCGCUAUAAAUAAGGCCAACCGUGCAAAACAGAAGGGUGGACACACUUCAGGCCAAAAGAGCUAUGCAAGGAUUCUUGAGGAGGAGAGAAGGAAGAGACCUGAUGGAAAGGAUCCAACUAGAGCUGAGCUGUAUAUAUUAACACAUACACGUAAAGAUGGGCAGCCCAUAGAUGAGAUAGCGGCAACAACAAUAUCAAAACUCGUUGAAGCUAAGAAACAGAAGACCUCAGAAUGUAGUGAUGGCUCAAAUGACACCUUCUGUCAAGCUAUAGAAGAAGAAAACCCCAGCCCCAUCCACUCCGAUGGAUUAGGUCCCACCAAUGAUGAUGAUGAUGAUGUUCAUGGCCAAAAACGUAAUGGUGGUAACGUCACAAGGAUGAAGUCUCAUGCUAGGAAGUCAGCAAAAAAGGAAGUAAGCAAGGUGUUGGAGAAAAUAAAUGCCGUGGAACAAAAAUAUGAUCGUAUUGAGAACCAGAUAGCUGCACUAACUUCCAACAUGCAGAAAUUUCUUGAUAAGCUUGGUGGACUACCUAAUAUUUCGGGUUCUGAGCAGCUGGCAAAUCCAUAGGGGAUAGCCGGAUAGGAGUUGCUUAAUGGACAGUACAACAACGCAUGACCUCCUAACAUUUUCUGCAUGCAGCUUUAUGUCAAUUGCGGUUAACUUUAGUUUCCUUUUGUUCUGUAUUUAUGGAAAAUUGAAACAACCGUUGGUAAUAGUUUCGUUGCAAGAUGUGAUUGGUGGGCUUGUUUUGAAAUUUUAUCAGCCAACCAUGAUUGUAACUGUUACCAAUGAAACUAAAAUCUUAGUUUGAAUGUCUAUGGUAGCAUAUCAAAUUUAUGUCUAUUAUACAUCAGGAAUCAUCGGUCGUGAACGGCAUACUGGGGAGCUAAGAAUGAACGUACUUACUCUGU